GGCGGCGGGCGGUCACGUGACGGGACACGGCCGUUCCGCCCAUCUUCCUCCCCUCCUCUCCCCUCAUCGGGAAAACUGCGCCGCCCACGAAGCUGCUGGAAACCUGCCCGCGGCUCCGGUCUUUCUCCGAGGGGAACGUCGCCGCGCUGACCGGCAUUUCAGCGGAGGCCUUGCCGGGGUCCUAGCGUUGCGUAGCGAGGGCUGUGACGUCAGGGCAGCGGUGGUGGGAGGGGGGGUCCGACCCAUAAAUAGCGCGGAGCGGAGCGGCCGCCGGCUCAGUGACGAAAAUGCCUGCCAUUAAGCUGCAAAGUUCAGAUGGAGAGAUCUUUGAGGUUGAUGUAGAAAUAGCAAAACAAUCCAUCACUAUCAAGACUAUGUUGGAAGAUCUAGGAAUGGAUGAUGAAGGUGAUGAUGAUCCAGUUCCACUACCAAAUGUGAAUGCUGCCAUCCUGAAAAAGGUGAUCCAGUGGUGUACACAUCACCGGGAUGAUCCUCCACCACCAGAAGAUGAUGAAAACAAAGAGAAAAGGACUGAUGACAUACCUGUGUGGGAUCAAGAGUUUCUGAAAGUUGACCAGGGUACUCUCUUUGAAUUAAUUCUGGCAGCAAACUACCUUGAUAUAAAGGGGCUACUAGAUGUAACUUGCAAAACUGUGGCCAACAUGAUAAAAGGAAAAACGCCUGAAGAAAUUCGCAAAACUUUCAAUAUCAAGAAUGAUUUUACUGAGGAAGAGGAAGCACAGGUACGGAAGGAGAAUCAGUGGUGCGAAGAGAAGUGACCCAGUAGGAAUCUUGCAUCUUAAUGAAAAAUCUGUGCUUGCACCAUGUAUUAUAUCACUAGCAGCCUGUGAUUCCUUUAAAUAUAGUGACAAGAUAACCAUGCAUAACAUUUGCAACUAGUAAUAAUUUGAGCUUGCUUUGUGCUCCAUGAAACCUAUUAGCAAGUAGAGCAGUGAUUAUUUAUUACUCCACUUUGACUUAAUUGAUCAGUGGAAUACAAGGUGUAUAAAACUCUGGCAGCAUGACAGCAAUGAUUUGGUAUUUUAAUUUGUAUUUAAAGCUUUUUUCCAGUGACUUUUUUUAAUGGCUACCUUGUUUUUAAAAUCACCCCCAAUUCAUUCUUGUGAUUCAAUUUGUGAUUACUGGUGUAUGGAUUUUUUUUGUGCCAAUAUUAUCACAGCACAUGGAAUGGAAUGCAAUACACCCUCAAGACUGGUGUCACACCAGUGAUGUCUGGAGAGGUAUUCCAGUUGUAUCAAAUAUGAUUUGGGUUCCAUUCUUUUCCAGAAUUUCUGCAUAGUUCACAGUUGACAUAAAAACCUAAAGGUGUGGUAGAACUGUUUAAAGAUCAGUGUUGCAAGAAUUAAUGGGACACAUGGGUGUCACAGGAAUGUUUAGUGCUCUGUGACAAGCAUUGUUAGGCAACAAAACUCCUCAAAUCUGUGAAACUGUACUGCUUUACUAUUUUGAAUUUCCUAAUAUUGGAGUGUCAAACUUGCUAGUUCUUGUUAUACUAUGGAAUACAGUUGCUCAUUUUGUGGUUUAUCUUGUUUUCAAAAAGAAUCCUCAUUAAAUAACUUGUGGCAUUUUAUUUUUGAAAGUAGGUGAAUGCUUUAUGGCUUGUUGCCCAAGUUACUCCGGUAUUUGCUCUUGCUAAUCUUUUCCAUUAGAUCAGGAAAGUGUUAUGUGGUUAUGGGAGUAACAGCACCUGUGAAAACGACUACAAAUGUGUAGAAUACUUUUUCAGGACAAGGUGUCACAGCAAACCAAGGAAGUGGUUCUACUGGAUUUGAUGUAAUAAAUCUGGGUUCAAUCUGUAGAUAGAGGAAUAUCUUGAACAAUGUUCAUGUUAUUUACACUUGAAGGAGAAUUCCAAACUAGCCUUGCCAAUUCUUUCAGUGCAGACAUAGGGAAGUAUUUAAUGCCAUGCAGAAUUGGCAUGUAACCAGUGAAGAAUACUGGUCAUGUCUGUCAACUAAUUGAAGCUUUCAAAAUGCAAGGAGAGAUUUUAAUAACAAUUAAAGAUAAUGUGGUGGAGCUGAGGGCCCUUAUUGGGCUGAUGUACAGAUUUUGCAUUGCAAACUUCAAAAUAAUUUAAAUGCUAGCUUGGGACAUUCCCUCAAAUGCACAUUUUUUGGUCAUUAUUCAAAGGUAUUUUCUUGCUUUUAGAAUUGGUAAUUGGCAGGUUAGCUUUUGCAUUUAGGCCUAUAAAUGCUAAAAGUUAUUGUAGGUCUUUAAGAACAAGUAGGUCUAGCUUGAAGUUGAGUUGGGUAUGUGUUAACUGUUUAAAUCCACAAAACACUUGUGGCUAAUUAAACUCUUCAGAUCCCUGUUUCUGGCUGUCUUGUGUUGAAGCAAUGCUAUUGCUAUUGGCCACCGUUGUGUAAAUAUUAUAUUGAACCAGUUUAAAGACCAUAAAUGCUCAAGAUUAUUGCACCUUUUCAUUAUUAAAGUUAAUUCCACAAUAUUAA